UUGUGUCCAACAUCGUCUUAGGAUCGUAAAGAGAGUGAUCGAUAAGCCCUAAUCUUCUUUGAUUUAUUUUUGUUAGAUUGUUUUGGAUUCGAAUGGUUUUUUUCAACUCCGGUAGUACGUCUAUGUUCGUCGAGAAGCCCAUGAAGAAGAUCAAAGCUCUUCAAAAGGUUAUAGUCAAGUUAAACAGGUCGAUUGAGGGUAUUGCACACUCUGAGAAAUACUGUCUGGACCAGGCUGCCACAGAGCUUGAGCUAGCUCGCAAAUUCGGGGGGAGAUACGAAUCGAUACAUUUGGAAAGAAUGGAGAAAGCCGAAAAAGAAGCUAAAUACCAUGCCACUUUGCGGCUGAUUCUUCAAAAAGAAUUGUCUUACGUCGAAAGACUCAAACAAAAGCAUAUUGAUGAAGCAUUGCAGGAUAGAGAUUUCACCACCGCCCAAAAGACUAGGCAAUUUUGUUUCUUCUUUAAUUUUACUUGUUUUUGUUCUUUAUAAACUCUUAUCUAUCUAUAGCUAAUUAGUACUAUAUAUACCCCAAAUAAAGAUAAAUUAUGUCUGAAUGAUUCGUGGGUUGAUGAAGUUUCCUAGAAUCUAUGUCAAGUUACUUAUUU